AUGGAGACUUCGGCUCCAACAGCCACAGAGAAGAAGGAGUGUAAGAGUUCAGGUCUGGAUGGAAGCAGCUUCUCGGAAAUCCCAAAGAAGCCCUCGCCCACCACUCUGACCAGAGGUGCCCACCACCUCUUCCCCACCUUUCACACCCCCAUCCCAAUCGACAUGAGGCACCAUGAGGGGCGGUACCAUUAUGAGCCACACCCACUCCACACCAUGCAUGGACCUCCAGGACUCACAGGCAGCCCGGUCAUCUCAGACAUCUCCCUGAUCCGUCUAUCACCCCACGCAGCGCCCGGGUCAGGUGAAUCGCCGUUCAGCCCUCCACAUCCGUACGUCAGCCCUCACAUGGAGCACUACCUCCGCUCAGUCCACAGCAGCCCCACCCUCUCUAUGAUCUCAGCAGCCCGGGGGCUGAGCCCUGCAGAAGUUACACACGAACACCUGAAGGAGCGUGCCCUGUUCAACCUCCCCCCUCCACCUCCAGGAGCCAACCCCACAGAGUACUACCACCUGAUGGCCAGUGCCAGCCAGAGAAGCCCCUACGGUGACCUGCUGAUGCAGAGCGGAGCAGCAGCAGCAGCGGCCGCAGCGGCAGCAGCAGCUGCUGCCGCUGCGGCUCAUCUCCCAGAUUAUAUCAGCCCUGUGGAUGUGUCACGUUUCUCCAGCCCACGUCUGACACCCCGACUGAGCAGGAAGAGGGCGCUGUCCAUCUCACCGCUGUCAGACGCCAGCAUAGACCUGCAGACCAUGAUCCGUACUUCACCAAACUCCCUGGUGGCCUACAUCAACAACUCCCGCUCCAGCUCGGCUGCGAGCAGCUCCUAUGGGCACCUUUCAGUUGGAGGCAUCAGCCCCUCGUUUAGCUUCCCUCAUCCCAUCAACCCCGUGGCCUACCAGCAGCUGCUGUCCCAGCAGAGGACUCUGAACGCCUUCGGCCACACCCCUCCUCUCAUUCAACCGGCCUCUUCUUUCGCUGCUCGCCAACAUCAUCUCACUGCCUCACCGAUGUCCACCUCCCACAACCCCUCCAACUCUGAGGCCAACCAGAAUGCCAGUGGAGACCCAGCAGUGAGCAGCACGGUAAACCCAUUGACCACCAAAAGGUCAAAGGUGAAGACGGAAGCAGAGGGUCCACUGCCUAUCUCCCCCUCCUCUCAGGACCUUGGUGGGGGCAUCUUGGACCUAAGUGAGGAUCUGGAUAAAGAUGAGUGCAAACAUGAGCCUGAGGCCAUAUAUGAGACCAACUGCCACUGGGAGGGCUGCACCAAGGAGUACGACACCCAGGACCAGCUUGUUCAUCACAUCAACAAUGAUCACAUCCACGGUGAGAAGAAGGAAUUUGUGUGUCGCUGGGAUGAGUGUUCCAGGGAGCAGAAGCCCUUCAAGGCUCAGUACAUGCUGGUGGUCCACAUGAGGCGUCAUACGGGGGAGAAGCCGCACAAAUGCACGUUUGAGGGCUGCGCAAAAGCCUACUCCCGCCUGGAGAACCUCAAGACCCACCUCCGGUCCCACACGGGGGAGAAGCCAUAUGUGUGUGAACAUGAAGGCUGCAACAAGGCCUUUUCCAAUGCCUCGGACCGGGCCAAGCACCAGAACCGCACGCACUCCAAUGAGAAACCAUAUGUGUGUAAGAUCCCGGGUUGUACCAAGCGCUACACUGACCCCAGCUCUCUCAGGAAGCAUGUUAAAACAGUCCACGGACCUGAAGCUCAUGUGACCAAGAAGCAACGAAACGACGCACCUCCGAGACAACAGCCACCUAAAGGCAACGGAGAGAAUGAUACAAAUUCCAAACUUGGUGUAAGAGGCAUGGACGGCAGAAUUGAGGCCAACAGUACGUCCAGAGGGGUGGAGGACUGCCUACAAGUGAAAUCUAUCAAGACCGAAAACUCCAUGACGUAUCAGUCCAGUCCUGGCGGCCACUCGUCCUGUAGCAGUGAGCCGUCGCCUCUCAGCAGUGCCAACAACAACGACAGUGGGGUAGAGAUGGCCAUGCACAGCGGGGGCAGCUUCGGGGACCUCAGUGCACAAGAUGAGUGCCCCAUGGUUGACUCCACCGUUCCUGUUGGAGGGCAGCAGGCUGGCGUGGGACUACAGAUGAGGAAAGCCAUUGGUCAUGGCGGUGCGGUCACCAUCAAGCUGGAGAACAUCAAGAAAGAAAGGCUGAAGACAGUUAGGGAGUCUUGCCCCUGGGUCAACUCUGCACCACAGCCACCUCAGGGCCAACGCAAUAGUAUGAAGCUGCCUCCCAUACCUGCAGUCGGUUCCCUUCUAGAGAACCCCAACAUAAUGAAUAAUUCAAGCAGUUCAUACCUUGGCCAGCGCAUAGGCGACCUCUCUUCAUGUGAAGUAACAUUGCUGAACCAGCUGAAUGAGCGCCGAGACAGCACCACCAGCACCCUUAGCUCAGCCUACACCUUGAGUCGGCGCUCAUCUGGUAUUUCACCCUGCUAUUCCAGCCGCCGCUCAAGUGAGGCGUCCCAGUUUGGUGCAAACCGCCACAAUAAUAUCAGUUCAGCAGACUCCUAUGACCCUAUCUCCACAGACCUGUCUCGCCGCUCCAGCGAAGCAAGCCAGUGUGGAGGUGGGGGUGUCAGUGGUGGGGGUGGAGGAGGCCUCCCAAGUAUCCUUAGUCUCACACCAGCUCAGCAUUAUCGGCUAAAGGCAAAAUAUGCUGCUGCCACUGGUGGAGCUCCACCUACUCCUCUCCCCAAUAUGGAUCGAAUGAGCCUGAGGACCCGUAUGGCGCUCUACAGUGACUCCCAGGAAGGCUUGUCACACUCAUUCCAUCAGCCACUCUCUGGAACUGUGCCUCGGCGGCGUAGUGAUAUUGGGUAUGGCAUGCAGAGCAUGAUGCCCCAUGAGGUGCCAAACAGCCUUCCACGUCGUGCCAGUGACCCGGUGCGUUGUCCCACACAAGACCCUCUCUCCCUUCCGAGGGUACAGCGCUAUAACAGUAUGAACAAUGUGAACCCCAUGAUUGGUCUGUCAGCUGAACGCCACCUGGCUACACAGGGAUACACUCGCUCAGAUGGCAGCCUGCAACGCUACCCAUUUGCCCCCAGACCACCAAGCAUUUCUGAGAAUGUAGCCAUGGAAAACAUGGCAGUAGAUGGAAUGGUGGCUGGAGGGGAGCAGAGUGGAGAGGAUGACAUGGUGCUGCCAGAGGAUGUGAUGCAGUACCUCAGGAUCCAGAAUUCUGGGCCCUCAGGACCCAACGCAGGGCAAGUGGACUACCGUGCCAGUAAUCAGACUCAGGGCUACCAGACAGGCAUGCCCCCACCAGCAUCAUUUUACGGGCAGAGAAGGAUGGCCAUGGUGGAUGCCACCAUGACUCAGUCUGGUCAGGACAUGCAAUCAUGCCACAUGGGCCAAACUGGCUCCCAGCAGCCUUUCCCUGCACCAUCAAACAACAUGAAAAAGAAUAAUAUGCCAGUGCAGUGGAACGAGGUGAGCUCGGGGACUGUUGAUACCACAACCAAGCUCUCAAAACAACAGCAGCAUCCUCUCAGGGGGAACCUAGCUGUUGUUCAGCAAAGGCACAAUUUUAGUUCCUUCCAGGGACAAGGUCAGAGUCUAAGCAACAACCAGCAGGUAGUGCCUAUGAGUCAGAAUAUGUCUUUGCAGGGAUAUGGAAACCAGAGGCUGAUGAACAUGUCUCACCAGCAGCAUCCGCAACAGAGGCAGUGCAACAAUGUGAACUUUAAUGAGCAAAUGAGUCCUCAGCAAGGGUUUGGCCAAGAGGCAACCCCAAAUUCUAUGUCAGGGAGUACUAGCAUGCGACCCACUCGUAACAGUAUAGCAGAUACAGAACUGCAAAGUUACAAAGCAAGGACACAGGCUGAUGGGUAUUGUCACAUGAAUCAAGUGGAUCAGCAGCAAAAUUACAGUGUCCUAUCCCAACAACAGCAGCACAGUGCUCAUAAUGGAGGCAGAGGAAUGUUACUGCCCAGGCCUCCUAUAGAGCCCAAGUUUACCGGCAGACAGCAAUUCACAGGGACAAGCAUGAUGCAGCCUGGACAAAUACCCAAGUCAUCCAUUCUGAGCCCCACUCGUGGUACUGACACCUCAGAGGCGAGCCCUAAAAGGCCCAGUGGCUCAGCAACUCACACCAGCAACUCUGAAAACCCAAACCCUGCUGUUUUCUACACGGGUCAGAUUCAUAUGUUUGAGCCAUCUUCUGUUGCCUUUGAUGCCUCCAUGUCUCACUGUUCCAACCAGACCCCUGCCAGUAACAACACCACUGCAGCCAACAUGGCCUCACCAGGAGUGAACCAGGUCUCGAGCAGUACAGUGGACUCUUCCACUGGUGGAUCUGGUGGCACGGAGCAUGCCCAGAUUGACUUUGACACCAUGCUAGACGAUGGGGACCACUCCAGCCUUAUGUCAGGCACUCUGAGUCCUGGCCUUCUGCAGAGCCUCUCCCAGAAUUCAUCACGCCUCACUACCCCUCGCAACUCUGUCACCCUCGCUUCUGUGCCGGCAGGGAUUGGCAACAUGGCCAUUGGUGACAUGAACUCUAUGCUCACAGCAUUGGCCGAAGAAAAUAAGUUCCUCAACAUGAUAAGCUGAGAGCAAUCGAACACCUCAUCAUCCAUCCGGUCUUAACCUUUUCUGUAUCAGGAAUAUUUGGGCUACAUGAGAAAGCACUGAUUAAUUAAUGCAAAAAUGGCUAUUUCCUUUUUUUCUUAUUUGUCCAUGUUACUUUGCCUCUCUUGUUAUAUGAGCUUCAGAUUUUUAUAUGUUACAUUAAAAGUGUAAUUGUACGUAUAGCUAGGGUUAAGGAAAAUUUUAUAUCAUUUUUGCUACAAAGCCAUACAUUUUACCUACAAAUACAUAUCCCAGGGGAUAUUAAUGUAUCUACAAACAAUUGCCAUUCAGUAUUUGCUGGUGUAUAAGCCCCUCACAGAAUUGUGCACUGAAAGCAGUCGUCGAGGUACCUUGCUGAGGAUAUCAAAUUUGAGUGUCUGAGUAUGACAUGAAAGAGGAGUUACCAGGAAAUGAACGUGACAUGUAAAUAAAAAUAUUUUCUCAUGAAGAUGUUUAUGUGUAUAGAUAACACUGUAUGGUACUUGCUUUAAGUUAUGCUGUAGACUUUUGGUAUUGAAACCAGGGCUGUCAAAAGUACUGCAGGAAACCUACGAAUUCAUUCAAAAAGAACAACUAUAUAUUUGUUUUUACUUUCUUCUUAUGAUCUGUGCAAACGUGGAUUUCAAAAACUAUUCUCACAAGGCAAGCUAGAACAUUUUGUAACUUUUAAUACAUGCAAAACAAUAGGUGAGAUAAGUGCAGAGAUUAACAUUACUUAACUGGCAAACACAGUGUAAUGAUGCUAUGAUAAUGACUUUCUCAGUUGUUGAAGCUAAAAAUCCAACAUAGUGACGUAUAUUGAAUCCUUGAAGGCAAAACUAUCACAAACUAUUCUUCAGCUUGUCCUCGACUUUCAAAAGAUGCAUGCAACCACUUUACUGUUUAAAGCAGUAAAUACAUAAAUAAUCGUACCUUAAAAACAAAAAAAAAACAUGCAUGUAGAAAUGAAUACAUCUUGCACAUGAUCUUAGUCUCUUAAGUAUCUUUUACCAAAUUGCUAAGUUUAUUUGCACAUAUUUUAAAUAAAAGUAGUUAUUCUGUGAACAUUUUGAGACAUUGAACAUUUUAAAGUGAUUUUUUUUUUUUUUUCAGGAUUUCUGAAAAGUUAAUUAAUCUAAACAGUUAAACCAGCAAUGUUUGGCUUGAUGCAGGUAAAACAUUUGACAGCCCUAGUUUACACACCUGGGUGUACAACGUUAUGUUCCGCAGAUAUUAAGUGCUUUGUGAUCACCAAUUGAGCUCCUGGGAUGGUUCAGCAAAUUCAGAUCUCCUUCUUUUCCCCAUGCAUCAGAGAAAUAACUCUCCACGGCCCAAUCUCACAAGGGUAAAUGAUCGAAACGGACAAGGGUAUGCCUCUGUGUUAGUUUAUCAGGGCACAUGAGCCCCUGUGUCUGAUGAGGAGCAUUCUCUAAAAGAAUAUACAAGUACCUCUGUGUGUUCUCAGUAGAGAUCCAGCCCUAAUUAACACAUUCAUACCAACCCCCCCUCCGCCGCACCCCCUGCCUCCCUGAGCUCUGGAUGAACUGCAGAGAGUCCAGGAAAAGACACAGACUUUGAUUAUGAAAACUCCUGUUUCUGACUGGAUUGGCAAACUAGCCCUGCCAAUUCCUCAGUUUUAUUAUGUUUGCUGAAUUUCUAAGUAGCCUUUAAAUGUUUGUGUGUAUGCUUCCAUUCACUUUACUAUGCUGAGUGUGUGUGGGGGUUUGUGUGAGUGGUGUAUAUCUUUUGUACAUUUCA